UAGGGAUCGGUGUAAUCUCUGUGCUGCAACCGGAGAGCUGACAAGUCAAACUUAUGAAGAUCAGUGUGUGAAGGUGAAAGAAGAGAGACUUGGGUUCGGCUUCUGUGAUUGUAAGAAGUGAAUCUGAUGAAACGCUGGUUUGUGUUGAUCUGUAAAACAUAGCAGCAAAGAAAGAAGAUGGAUUCAGAAAAAUUCUCUUGUUCCAUCUGUCUGGAUCUACUGAAGGAUCCGGUGACUAUUCCCUGUGGACACAACUACUGUAUGGACUGUAUUAAAACCCACUGGGAUGAAGAGGAUCAGAGGGGAAUCCACAGCUGUCCUCAGUGUAGGAAAACGUUCAUUCCGAGGCCUGUCCUGGAGAAAAACAUCCUGUUAGCAGAGUUAGUGGAGGAGCUGAAGAAGACUGGACUCCAAGCUGCUCCAGCUGAUCACUGCUAUGCUGGACCUGAAGAUGUGGCCUGUGAUGUCUGCACUGGGAGGAAGCUGAAAGCCACCAAGUCCUGUCUGGUCUGUCCAGCCUCUUACUGUGAGAAACAUCUCCAACCUCAUUAUGAAGCUCCACCAUUACAGAAACACAAGUUGGUGAACCCCUCCAAGAAUCUCCAGCAGCUCAUCUGUUCUCGUCAUGAUGAGGUGAUGAAGAUUUUCUGUCGUACUGAUCAGCAGAGUAUCUGUUAUCUCUGCUUAAUGGAUGAACAUAAAGGUCAUGAAACAGUCUCAGCUGCAGCAGAAAGAGCUGAGAAGCAGAAGGAGCUGGAGGUGAGUCGACAACAAAUCCAGCAGAGAAUCCAGGACGGAGAGAAAGAUGUGAAGCUGCUUCAACAGGAGGUGGAGGCCAUCAAUGGCUCCGCUGAUAAAGCAGUGGAGGACAGUGAGAAGAUCUUCACUGUGCUGAUCCGUCUCAUCCAGAAAAGAAGCUCUGAUGUGAAGCAGCAGAUCAGAUCCCAGCAGGAAACUGAAGUGAGUCGAGUCAAAGAGCUUCAGGAGAAGCUGGAGCAGGAGAUCACUGAGCUGAAGAGGAAAGACGGCGAGCUGGAGCAACUCUCACACACAGAGGAUCACAACCAGUUUCUACACAACUACCCCUCACUGUCAGCACUCAGUGAGUCUACACACUCAUCCAGAAUCAAUAUUCGUCCUCUCAGAUACUUUGAGGAUGUGACAGCAGCUGUGUCAGAGACCAGAAAUAAACUACAGGACAUCCUGACAGAGAAAUGGACAAACAUCUCACUGGCAGUCACUGAUGUGCAUGUUUUACUGUCUGAACCAGAACCAGAACCAGAGAGCAGAGAUGACUUCCUAAAAUAUUCAACAGAAAUCACACUGGAUCCAAACACAGCAAACACAUAUCUGUUAUUAUCCGAGGGAAUCAGAAAAGUAACAGUAAUGAAUCAACAACAGUCUUAUUCUAGUCAUCCAGAUAGAUUCACUUAUUACGAUCAGGUCCUGAGCAGAGAGAGUCUGACUGGACGUUGUUACUGGGAGGUGGAGUGGAGAGGAAGGUUUGUCCAUGUAGCAGUCGCCUACAAGAACAUCAGUAGAGAUAGGGGUUCAUAUGAGUGUGGAUUUGGACUGAACAACAAGUCUUGGUCAUUACAAUGUGGAACAAACAGUUACACAUUUCAACACAACAAAGUCAAAACUCCAGUCUCAGGUCCUCCUUCCUCCAGAUUAGGAGUGUAUCUGGACCACAGAGCAGGUAUUCUGUCUUUCUACAGCGUCUCUGAAACCAUGACUCUCCUCCACAGAGUCCAGACCACAUUCACUCAGCCGCUCUAUGCUGGACUCUGGUUAGGAUCAGAAACCACUGCUGAGUUCAUGAAAUAGAGAAACUGCUGCAGCUUCAGGCAGGUUGUGUUUAGUCAUGAUGGAUUGUCUUCUGCUUUCUUUAAUUUUCUUCAAAGAUCCGUAACAUCUUAAAUAUUGUAAAGUUCAUUAAAUGUCUGAAACUCAAACUUAAAAAACAGAACCAAUCUGCAUAUUAACUUUAACACUAAGAAACGUGUAGAGUUGAACGUUGAAGAAACAAAAACAGACUUUAGUCAAACUUUCAAAAGUGUUUCUAAUGAACUUCAUGUCAAACUGAAAAGUUUAAAACAAAGAGUUAAAAUAAAGAACUGGCCUCUCUGCUCCAGUAGCUUUGGGGUGGACUGAAUGUUAAGAUAAAAUACAUCUUCCUUCAUUAAAAUGAAAAAGAAUUACAUCAAGUUUAUUUAAUUAAUAGAACUUUACAUUUUAACUUUACAAUUAUGAAUAUUUGAUCCAAUAAAUGAUCCAUUGGAGCUGCUUCUCCAGGAUUCUUCCUUCUCCUCCAGGACCUCAGCACACCUCUGCAGGUAAAGACAGAGUGAUUACCGGUGUUUGUCCACCACCACAUAUGUUUGAAAUAAGUCUCAGUUUUUUUGUAGCAUGAAAGUUCUUAAUACACAGCUAAAUAUCUAGGUUUUAAACUUUAUUUGAAUGGCAGAAUACUAACAUGAUCUGUUAUUAGUCUGUCAGCUGUAGUACCAUCAGAUGAACACUAGAUGGCAGCAAAAUACAAUGUAGCACAUAAUGAGGUUUCAACACCUGCAAUGAUCAGUGUCAUCGUUUGAAUUGGAUUUUUUUGGAGAGACUAAAAAAGGCUAAUCAUUUUUUGUCUCGUAUUGUUUGAAACCAGAGAGUUAGAUACAUCUUUUAAAAUCUUAAUGGACAAUGUUGGUCACAAAAAAGUAAAAAAUGAGACCUGAACUAAGUUCAAACAGCCUUUAAGAUGGGAGAUAAAACUUCUUCAAGAACCAUGAAAAAGAAGUCAGUCUGUGUACAUUCAAGCUUUUUUUUUUGUUUGUUUUAAACCAAAAUCGAAAACACUGAACUGAUUUUCCUUUCCUAUUUACAGAAUUCAGACAAAAACAAGAAAACCAAAUUAAAACCUGACCUGUUUUUAUAUUUUUUUCUGUCCAGUCCUGUUUAAAAACUUAUUUUUAUUCUCUUGCUUUUAAACCAGUUUUGGCAUUUUGGCUGAUUAUUUCUUCCAUGCUUGUGUUUUCAUAGUCUUUUAUUUCUUUUAUAUUUUGUUUUAUUAUUUAUGCCUCCAAAAUGUUAUUUAUUUCUAUUUUAUGACUCUUAGUUGUACAGCACUUUGAUCAACAUAUGUGGUUUUGAAAUGUGCUUAGAAAUAAAGUUGACUUGAUAUAACUGCUAAACUUUUGUAAACAUUGAAACGAUUGUUAGCUACAGACAUCAGUUUAAACAGUGCUGGGCGUUUUUCUGAACAGAAUAUUCUGAGAAGGUGUCUGAAAAAAGUGCAGUCUCUCCAUUUUUAUCCUUUGUAGCGACAGAGAGGCCCAACAGUCAGAGCCUCUAAUGUGGAUUUCAGUAACAAAACUAUCCAACGUGUAUCUAAAGUAACGCUCAACAGUGUUAAGUACAUAAUCUCAUAUAUUUGUGAUAUAUGUAGUGCAUUCAGAAGCAGUCCCACUUUUCUGGAAGAUCAAGUGCAUCUUUGACAUCAUGUGGAUUCUUUGUGGUAAAAAGCUGCUUUUUAUGUUGUAUGAGCACCACUUUUAUGCAUGCAAACAGAGUUGAUGAAAUAUGGACUUUACUGGAACUUCCAGGUAAAUGACAGUCAGUGGAUGAUGUUUAAUACAUUACAGUGUGUUUAAAAAUAUAAAUGU